AUGGAGUACAUGGUUGCACCGCCAUAUGGGAAGCAAGUGUUGAUUGGCAAUUGGUUGGAUCGUCGCUAUGCUUUCGAUGAGAAGGGUAAUGGCAUUUUGCCAGGUCUAAAUCCGCCACAAGAAUGCGAGCAACAUCGUUCCCUCAGCCAGGAUACUUACACUAUGGAUGUCUACGAGGGAGACAAGUGCAAAAGAGAUUUCGUGGAGAAGCGAGUCACACGUAUGCGCAACUUUUCGACGAGCACCUCGUCGAGUGUGAAACUCUUGGAUAAUCCAGCAAUGAAAAAUAAUUUCACAACAACAAAUACAUUGCUGUACGACUGGAUGCCCAAGAUGUUCCUGGAUCACUACCUGAAACAGAAGCUACCUUCUGCAGGACGUCCUCAACUACCGCAUAAGCCAGACAUGUUACAGUGCUUCGGCAAUCUGACAAAGACCCGCAACUUUGCCGAACAACUUCAAAAUGAAAAGGCCCUCGAAAACCUGCACCAUAUGCAAACCACCUACGACAUUGCCUAUAAUCUCUCGGGCAAACUAACUCAUAAUUUUCCUGCUUUAUAG